AUGGAACUUGUAUCUCAGUUCACUGAGGAUGCUAUUGCCAAGGAGGAUCGUAUCUGUGGUCGACCUGCUUGUGGUAGCAUUAUCCUGAAAGGCGCUCCAUAUCAUUACAUUGCCACUAUUGUGCCUAGCCAGCCUGGUCGCUUCAUCUGUAGGGCAUGUUACUUGCGAUAUGCACAGAAGCUUUCGACAUCAGUCCGACCCUCUUCAGUUCGCCCUUCUUCUGCACAAUCACUCCCUGAUCCUGACGUCAUACGGCAAAGUGUAAAUGCUGCACAGCGCAGAUCUACUAUCAACCCUCCUCGUGUGGUUCCUUUCCUAUCUCAGCCCUCAAGUAGCGCUAUGCAUAUGGGCCGCCUUCCAGGCCCAGAUAUUGCCGUGCCUUUAUCGUGGCAACAACCACCAGUCAGUUCCAGCCAGAACAGGGUACCUGGUCCCACAGGGUACUCGGCGCACCAUGCUCAAUAUAGUUUGGAGCGUGAGCGAUGGGCUAAACUAGCAUAUGCUCCACCCCCUGCAGAGACUAUCACAUUAGAGAUAACAGCUGUGUAUGAGGGAAACUCACGGAAGAAAAGCGGACGUGGUAUCAACUUCGGGAAUAUAUGUGAAGGAAAGAAGGAUAUUGAUGCUCGCUUGGACGCCCCUAGUCUCAUAGCGAUUGCAUUCGAUACCAUUCUACCCAAAAUCCUCACAUUCGGAAGGGGAUUUCCAUGGCGCUCUCAUGAAUUUGUCGUCCGAGAUGCUGCCUGGUGUUUGGUCCAAUCUCGACGUGCGCCGAAGACGACGACUUUCAAGACUAAGAAAUUCUCGCUCAUGGUUGUUGUGCCUGCAGCGCAGUGGAGUGAGUAUGAGGAAUGGCUCGAAAGAACUGAAGAAGAGGAAACCUUGCAUGAACAGCUUCAACGACGCCGAUCCAUCCACACUGAUAUUGAAGAUCAAGACCCUCAUGCUGUCGGUACUGACUUGGACGACUAUGAAGACCCAGACCCUUUUGCUGGGCAACUUGAAGAAGACGACGACCCUUUUGGUAAUGACAUGGAACCUCCAUAUAGUCUAUCUACUGUGAUGCGCACAUCAGCAAAGCGAGCUCAUGUUCGAGGCGAGAGUGACUCCACAAGUAGUACUGUCUCGCCUCCCCGUAAGAAGCUGGCGCAUGGUAGCAUGGAUGCUGCACGCGCACCUAAAGUUUAUGAUCUACGCAAUGAGGACAUCCAAUUCCAUCAAAUCCCUGUGCGUCCACUAGCUGAUAUCUUGAAGACUCCUCAACACCGUUCAUUUGAACUUGACAUCUCCAAUUCAUCUAUUGGCCAACUCACUAUCGAUGUCCCCCUUCGCAGCAUGAUUGGGAUUGGUGCUUUCAAGACAGCACAUCCAGGGUGGCUAACACUAUCCCCUCUGUCCUCCAGUGGCCUUGGAUCCCGCACUCAGCAGGAUGUCAUCGUUAAGCGGCCAUUCUACAGACCUUCCUCUCACACCGGCGCUGCUGCCGGAUCCAACACCCUCAAGAUCGCACGUUAUGCAUUAGCAGAUGAGCUCCAAAAGCUCUUAAAUGAAAGUAACGUGUUGUACUGGGCGAAAUCACUCCUUAACUUUACUUAUGAAUACAUCGAUCACUGUAUCGAUGCAGCAUCAAGUCCUCCAUCUUUCCAAAUACCCCGCGUGCGCUUUGUGGAUGCAGGGAUUGCUUUAGCAUUUUCUCAUCACUUGUCGAACGCUCAGGGGACAUCCAAUCAAGCUCCCACAGCAGACGUUAAGGCAGGGACGUUUUCAGCGGUGUAUCUCCUUGAGGAGCCAGUGACAUUCGACAGUCCUGGUAAUCAGACAUUUACCAAGUUUAUCCAUAAUAAGGACUGCGAACCGUCACUUGAUGACGAUGAAUAUGGCUAUGACCUAGCCGUCUUUCUUGCUUUCACUCAGCACAUUCAGUAUGCGAAGACAGACGGUUUAGCCUUUGUUUCUGAUUAUCAAGGCAGCACAGCGCUUUUGACCGAUCCUCAAAUAUUGACCCACCGUUGCUUGUCUAGUUCGGUCGGUGAUGGAAACGAUCAUUUUGGUGAUGGAAACAUCGCAAGCAUGGUGGAUGACUUUGAGACGAAGCAUGUUUGUAACUAUUACUGCAAGUGGCCAGGAUUUGGAUUGGAGGUAUAUGCUUAG